UCUUGUCGUUGAUUGUGAUUGAUUGCAGUUGUUGUCGCGAGGGCGACAACUUGGUGGAUACGUCACGCAUGCAUUUUGGCAGUAACCAGGGUCACAUACGUUCCAGAGCGCCUGAAGGAAAAGAGAAACGGCUCCUGGAUGGACCGAAUCUGGUGGCGGGAACUGCAAAAGGCCAAAAAUUAUAGGAAUGCACUUUGACAGUGCAAGUGUGAGUAUGCGCGGGAAAGUCUAGAGGAAGAGAGGCGAAGGCUUCGGUAACAAGCGACUACUAUGCUAUAGCUCAAAAAAAAAAAAAAGAAAAAAAAAGGAAAAAAAGAAAAGGGUUACUGUCAGAGUUUUGAAUCUUAUCCCUCCCUCUCCACGUGGACGCGCCUCGGUAAGGAAAAAUCCGUUUGCUUGCUGACGUGGCAUUUUACCGAUGGCGGCAUCGGCGGCGGCGGCGAUGAGCGGGAGCUCGAUCUAUCGAAUCUUCGGCGACUGUUCCUGCAUGACGUCGGGAUCGGGACCGGGACUGCCGGGUCCACGUGGCGGCGGCAAGAGCCUCGUGGGGUUGUACGGUCAGCAACGUGAUGGAGGGGCCUUCCUCCUCCGCAGGCUCAGGCUGCGCAAGCAACUGGACGGGGCGGCCAUAGCCGUUGAUGAGGAGAAGUUGAGGAGAUCGGUGAAGAAGAAGACGAAGACAAACAUGGAGAAGAAGAGGAGCGUGAAGACGAAGCUUCGCCCACGGCCUAUGCACGACGACGAGCAAUCGGCCGCCAUAGCUGAGGGCCGAAGCUUGUCGUCGUCGUCUGAUCGUUGUACACUUGUACAAGCUGCUGCUGGUAAUCAAAGGAAGAACCGAUAUCCCCGACCGGGUAAAUCGGAUGGCUCUAAUUUCUCUGUCGGCAGUGAUGGAUGGUUGGAAGGCUACGAUGGCGAAGCAUACAGAAAUUCUCAUUUAGCGACGGAUCACAAAAGUGGGUACGUGGCGCUUCUGGGGAAGCCCAAUGUGGGGAAAAGUACUCUGAUUAAUCAGCUCAUUGGCCAGAAGAUCUGUAUAGUCACUCACAAGCCACAAACCACGCGACAUCGAAUCCUCGGUAUCAUGUCAGACAGGGACUAUCAGGUCAUCCUCUUUGAUACGCCAGGCAUCAUUCCCAAACAGAGGCACAAACUGGAUGAAGUAAUGAUGCGAAAUUUACGAUAUGCAAUGGCAAAUGCGGAUGCCAUUCUAAUGAUUGUCGAUGGGACCGAACCCUUGGAGCCUGUUCAGGCAGUGGUGGAGGAGGGCCAGGACCGUGCCUUGAGAAAGAGGCCCACAUUACUCGCACUCAACAAAAUAGACCUUCUCAAGCCUGCAGACGUGAGCUUAAGGUAUAAGUGGUUUCGGGAGAAUGGUGGUAUAGACGAUGUUGUGCCAAUAAGCGCGAAGACAGGCAGUGGAGUCAGCCUGUUGAAGGACUGGAUAUUGGACAAUAUGCCAUAUGGCCCGGUGUACUAUCCAAAGGAUAUCGUAAGUGAGCACUCCACAAGGUUUUUCGUCUCAGAGAUAUUGCGUGAGAAGAUAUUUCUUCUGUAUCACCAAGAAGUCCCAUACUGCAGCCAGGUGCAAGUCACUGCUUAUCGCGAGAGGGAACCCAACAAGAAAGACUAUAUAGAAAUGGAGAUAUAUGUUGAGAAAGAAACUCAGAAGGGGAUUCUUCUUGGGAAGGGAGGAAUGGCUCUGAAGGAGCUUGCAGUUGCUGCUCGUAAGGACAUAGAGCAGUUCGUUGGCAAGCCUGUGUACCUCGAGCUCAGGGUCAAGGUAAAAGAAGGGUGGCGAGAGGAUGAAGAAUCGCUCACGAGGUUUGGGCUUGAUGGGAAAACGAUGGGAAGAGCAGCAUUUUAGGUUUCUAACAUUCAACAAGCGGUGUUUUAGGACUCUGGUGGUUACACAUCGCUCCCUCUCUCCGUCUCUCUCUCUCUCUCACACACAGCAGCAGCAGCAUUUGAGGUUUCUGAAAGGAAAAAAGAUGUCACAAGCGUUGUUUUAGGACUGGCGGUUGAGCAUCUCUCUCUCUCUCUCUCUCUCUCUCUCUCUCUCCACCCCCCUCCGCCCCAGACCACCCGCUCCCUCUUCUGUCUUCCUGUCCAUCCUCCUGCCUUACCUCAUUUUUGCACCUGCUCUCCUCCCCUCUUUUCUCCUCUACCCCUCUCCCUCAUCCGUCUGUCUUUCCACUCUGCAUUCACUGUCUAUCUGUGUCUUGCACAAUGGAGCUUUUGUAUUCGGUAUCACUUUGUCCAUACCCUGUAGAAUGAGGCCUUGAUCCCUUUUGUGAGUAUUAUCUCCUCCUCCUCCCGUUCUCUCCAGCAAUUCCUUUAGGCGAGAUGGGUGUUUCACUGUUUCCUUGUUCUUUUUCUUUUCUGCGUUGCUUGUCAACUCCGUUGCUGGUGUUGUCUUUGCAAGAUUGCAGUCAUUAUUCGGCCAUUACAGUGU